AGGUUCCAUAAUGGUUGUUUAAAGAGAUGGUCCUUACUAUUCUAAGGAUGUCGUUCAGAUAAUUGUCAAGAUGGCAGCUGCCAAUGUGGUGAGGUGUGUUUGGUUUGAAUUCGAUUCUUCUUGUGCCUUAGUGUUGCAGACUGUUUUUGUUGCUUCAAGGAUGACAGGAUUCAAUAGUAUUAAGGAGUUGAAACUUUAGAAUGUUGAUUUAUAAAUAGUAUCAGAAUCUGAC